CAUCGCGUAUCCGCAAUGUCCUACCAACUCCUCUACUGGCCCACCAUCCCUGGCCGCGGCGAAUUCAUCCGCCUCGCCUUCGAGGAAUCGGGCACCCCCUUCACCGACAUGGCCCAGACCGCAGAUCCAGGAACCGUCGUGGACGAGGUGAUGUCGACGACGACGGAGGUCAGCCCGCCCAGCGCGGGGAUGAACCCGCCUGUCCUGGCCGUCCCCGUCCUCCGGCACGACGACGUGCUCAUCAGCCAGACGGCCAACAUACUCAUGUACCUGGCGCCCCGGAUCGGGCUGGACGGCUCCCGGGCCGUGAACGCGACCGCGGUAGCACCCUACCACCUCAACGGCAUCGCCUCGACCCUCCUGGACGGCUUCGUCGACGAGCUGCACGACACCCACCACCCCACCGCUGUGAGCCUCGCGUACGAGGACCAGAUCCCCGAGGCCAAGAAGCGUACGCGCUACUUCCUGUCUGAGAGGCUCCCAAAGUACCUGGGCUACGCGCAGCGGGUCAUCGACUCCCCAGCCAGCGGUGACGGGCCCUGGAUGUACGGCGGGACCCUGACUUAUGUCGAUCUUGUCCUGUUCCUGUGCAUCGAUGGCACACAAUUCGCAUUCCCUAAGACGAUGGCUAAGCUCAAGGACUCGGGUCAGUACAAUGCCGUCUUUGAGCUGUACGACGCCGUCAAAACCCGCCCCAACAUCAAGGCUUACCUGGCCAGCAGUAGGAGGCAACCGUACAGCAAUGGCAUAUUCCGGUACUACCCGGAACUGGAAGACCAGUAG